AGCCAGAUGUAGGGCGCGCCAUAAAAGAAGAAGCUGCCAUAAAGGAAACUCUCCCUUUGUUCAAUUAUUCUCGGUCUUACGUUUAUUCUGGUCUUUACUCGUUAUGUGCCACCGUCAGAAAUAAUGAGAUCAUUAUGUCGCGAAUAUUUUAUAUAUAUAAACGCUCUUCUCUCCCUUGUGACAAUACAGGAUCCUGUACACUAGCAAUUAUACGCGACAUCUGUUGCGCUCUUUUAAAUCGCUUAUUAUUUAUUAUCAAGUAAUUGCGACUUGAAUGUUUGUAUAUGUAAAAUGCGCUUCAAGUGCAUUAAAUAAUAUACCUCUCAAAAUUCUAUAGGAACCAAUCUUGGUAUACCUGAGACUCUCUGUAAUUGUAAAUAUUUAAACGUUUUCUUCAAUCUUUCAUUACAUAUUGGAAGAGAAUUUUGCUUUCUGCUUGCAGCAACAACAGCAGCAGGCGCAGCAGCAAGCGCAGCAGCAGCAGCAACAGCAGCAGCAACAGCAGCAGCAACAACAACAGGUCGGCUCACCGGGAAACGGAAAUGUAGGGAAGGGCAGUCCGUCUCCCGGAAAUUCGUCUUCUCCCGGCACGGUCGCAACUCCCAACAAGUCCCAAACGGAACCGAAACCGGUGGAGUGCAAUCUGUGCCAUAGAAAAUUUAAAAACAUACCAGCCCUUAAUGGCCAUAUGCGACUCCACGGCGGUUACUUCAAAAAGGACGCGGAGAACAAGAAGAGCGAGAAGAAAGAAGUCGUUGGGCCGCCUCUGCAGACGGCGUCCGUCAGCGUGAGAGCGCUCAUCGAGGAGAAGAUCAUACAGAAAAGAACGACUGCAGUGGACGCGAAUGGCAAUCAGCCGCCUCGUACGAAUGCCACCGUCUUCACCACGCAGGCCGACGCCGUCUCGCAAAUCGCCGUCAAGACGAACUUCGCGGUGCCGGCUCCGCCGCCGUUGGCGGCCGGGGAGAAGGUGCGUCGGUUUUCCGACGGCGAACACUUUCGGCAGCCCAACAUCACCGUGGGCGGCCACGCGACUGUGCAGAAGCAAUUGCAGGAGGCGAAGACCCAGGCUCAGGCGCAGGCCCUCGCCGACAUGAUCCUGAAGGGUGCGAAAGUGGCUGUAAAGAGAACGACUUCCGAUCCGGGACAGAGAUUACACUUGACUUAUCAGCAGCCCGUGCAAUCAGCGACGGCCAACCAGCAACCGAACAAUCAGCAGCCGCAGCCACAACCCACGGUAACGGAGAGCUUCACGAUGACGGGAUACGCCGAGGACGGCGGUUAUUUCAGUCCAAGCCUGCAGGACGAAGUGUUCCAGCAGGUUACGACGGUCCCUGACAGUGUUCUUCUGCACGCUACCCAUUUGGACUCGAUUCAGUUUCAGACGGCCAGUCUGCUGCAAGAGCAAUCCACGGAACAGCUACAGGAUAUCACGUUGGAGGACCGAUACUCGUCGCAGCACACGGUCAAUCCGGAUCUUCAAGCGCUGGUGAACUCGCCGUUGCCCGACUCCCUGGCCGAAUUCAGUACUUACGCCGCGCAAUACACGGAAAGUCCUCAUACGUUGCCAACCCAGUCACCCCUGCCGUCGCCUUUGACGCGACACGACAGCCCGAGCUUCACGUAUCCGACGCCACCGGCCAGCCAGGAGGGCCUGCUCACCGGCAGCCUGCCGUUGCUGAGCCCCCAAGAGGACCCGGAGAACGUGAGACAGGUGUCGUCGCCGCUCUCGGCGGCGUUCUACACCACCACGAUGUCGUCCGCCGCGGCCGUGGAGGAGGCGCUGAACGAGGUGCUGCCGGGUGAAUCCGAGGCGGAUGCGGACCUCUACGGGUCCGGUUCGCCAAAUCCGCACUCGCCACUGCCAAGCCCGUUGUCGGCGACGUCGGCGCCGUCGCCGUUGCCGCCGUCCUCCGUCUCGUCGCCGGGACCGGUCGCCUUUACAGGCACGAGCUUCCCCGUGUCGCCGCAUCAUGCGCUUCAAAAUCAGAUGAUGCCGAACUCGGAGGAUCCUCUACUCUCCUCGACCUCGAAGGACUUCACCGCCUCCGGCCGCAGACGAUUCGAGUUUCAAUCGUACAAGCUGAUCACGAGCCAGAACCUGGUGGACUUUGGUCUCGGAAACGGCAGCCUGGCCGGCAUUGUCGUCGACAACAACGGCGAGUUCAAGCUGAUACAGACGGCGGGCUUGCAGAAGGCGAACGUGUUCGUGCAGGCGGGCUCUCUCAGUCCCGCGUUGACAUUCAAGAAGGAGAUCCGUCUGGCGACGCCGAAAAUCGAGCCUGUCACCGUGAAUCUCGGCCUAAACGUUCAAACGACAAAUCAGCAGCAGUGCAACGCAACGGGACAGUUCAAUCAGCAGCAAAUCGUCAACCCGGCCAAGUUCUUCGUUCAAACUAACCACGCGACGAAGAACAAUGUCCUGAGACACAAAACGGUCACCGGAAAUUUACCAGUACCCAUCGAACAGAUCAAGCAGGAGCUGUUGGACGAUGACGUGUUUCUCAGUCCCGGCAGUUUACCCGCCAGCAGCCCCGUGCGACACUGUCGGAAGAGGCCGCGCAUGGACGGCGGCCAGUACGUCAGCAGUUCUCACUCUUAUCCGUCGCGGCUGCGAAAGGCCUGUGACCGCCACUGGGACAGCAGUUACACACCGCCGCCGAUCCUAGACCCAUCUCGUCCCGGUCCGGGGCUGUACGCGAGAUUACAUCAGCACGAGAGAGACUCGGACUUCAGUUCGGACGAUUCUCAAGGGAACGACGGCCCACCGCCGAGGAUCAACAUCGGCACGAGGUAUCAGGCUACGAUACCCCCGGUGGAGUACGACGGGGACAGGGGAAACGACGGGCCCGAGGCCGACCAUCUUCUGUGGGAUCCCGGCAUAAACAACGUGCUCACGAACACCGAACUGGAGAUGUAUCUGCAGUUCGCGUGUUGCGCCGCGGUGCCGGGCGGUGGUAGGAACAAGGAAUACGCGCUUCAUCUGUUGCACAUGUGCAAAGGGAAUAUUCACGAAGCAAUGGUGAAAUUGAUGCGACCAACGCCUACGCUACCAAUGGAGCAUCCUCUGCUCAGCUACGAGUGCCACGAGUCCGACAGAUGGACGUCACAAGAAAUGGACGCGUUCUAUCAGGGACUGCUCAAGUACAACAAAGACUUCUCUGCGAUUUCGCGGGACGUUGGUGCCAAGACCGCGAAACAGUGCGUGCAGUUCUACUACCUUUGGAAGAGACUCUGUCCUGACGAGUACAAGAGGCUACGUAUCUGCCAUGGAAAAGCGAAGAUCAAGAGCGAGAUUAAAGAUAGCAAGGAUACCAAAGAGCUACGCGACGCUAUUGCGUCUGUGACGGAAAUGGACUUCAGUGAAGACAAAUCAAUCCUUCAUCGUACACUACUACAAACAAACGAAAGAGAAAAUUCGGCGACCCUGACCACCAGCGAAGGAGAGCUGAGGUUAUUCGCAUACGACUGCACAGAUAGCUUUAGCGGAAGUGUAACAGUAACGAUGGCCGGAAGCACCCAAACCGCCCAAAUCGGCAAUACCGGCCACGCCACAGUCAACACCAACUCACAAACUCACACUAGUUCUGAGCAACAACUACCCGCGCCCACCCCACUUCACUACCCCUGCAAGAUUUGCGGGAAAGUUUUCAACAAAGUGAAAAGCAGAAGUGCACACAUGAAAUCCCACAGGCCAAUACCCUUGCCCGAUUCAACGGGUCAGGAAUCUAAGCGAGCCACGCAGCAACCGUCGAAAGCGCAGCAGCUGCAACAGCCAAUGCCGUCGCAGCAGACCCAACAACAACAGCAGCAACAGCCGGAUAGUGCUACGCCGCAAGCUCAAGACCAUCAACAACAACUGCCCGCGAAUAUCAGUGACAACAGCGCCAAAAAUACAGCACAUUUGUGCCAUAAUCCGACGAGGCCACCAUAGGACAGGAUCCAAGUAAUUAAACUUAAGCUACCUUAACGAAGGCUGUAAUGGUACUGUAGGAAAGUAAUAUGGUCGCGCGUGGUAUCGGCUCUAAACGUAGUACCGGGCUCUAAACGAUCGCGAUCGUCGCACAAUCGCUACGGAUAACGUUGCGAGAAUAUCUUUUUACGAGACUUUUGCUCACAAUGGGGCAGGUUGCGUGAGUAAACUUCCAAGAUAGAUAGUUUCGAAAAACGCGAAUGUCUCCCCCUACAUAUGCGAAACUGUGCAAAGGAACGUGACUGGUGAGUUUAACCAGUCGGAUGGACUAAUUGAAUUUAUGAGACUCAUACGGAAUAUGUAUCGUAGUCGGCGGUUCAGGAAGAAAGAAAAAGACAACAUCUAUCAUUAAUGGAAAAUAAGCACGAGAACGUUGUAGAACUCGUAGGGUUUAAUGGCGCAGCGGUAGAAGGUAUUUAAUUAUGCAAUCAUAAUACGAGCUCUGUUCAACAAGGAGACAGGGUACCGAUCGUAAACAUCUUCCUUAGCGUGGAAGACGAGAUGCCGGCAUCAGUGUAAGAAAUAACAAAACGGUCACUAUCACUGAAAGGUAAAGCGAACGUAUAGACUUUUGCGUUUUGUUGAAGACAAAAGGUAAACGCGAUCAUUUAACAUGGCCUAGAAAAAUCAAACACAACUCGAUAGUCGUACGAAAGCGUACUUUCGUGCACAAUGAGUGCUAAAUCAACAAAACUGAAAGAGAUUGACGUGCACCUACAAUAAGCGCUCUAACGAUUAAACGCGAUUUCAGUGUACCUAUUUAUUAUGCACGUGAAAUGUUCCCAGAUUGUGCCACAAGACAUUACUGUUACCUGUUACCCUUCCACAAUUAAAAAAAAAUGUUUUAGGUUGUUUUCUCUUUCGAUUACAACCGGGAUCAGUUUACACGGAACUGCGCCAUUUGAGUUUUCAGUAAGAAAUCUUUAAUUCGCUUCAAGGAUGUAGUGGACGAAUCAAAAGUUCAUAAUUUCGAUGAAAGUGAAAAGCUUGGAAGAUUCAGUCAGUAUGCGGCGCUGUUUCCGUCGUCAACUGAUAAUUAUAGCGAUUUUUUAAAUAAUAACUGCAAAGCGAACAAGCAAAUCAUUUUGAAACUUUGCAGAAACAUUUUUACAUGUUUGAAGAACACAAUGCAAAAAAUAUUAAAUUUUUAGCAUUAAGUUUCGAUUUAUUGGUUGUUUUUUUUAAGUUCCCGUAAAACCCAUAAAAUAACAAUAUUUUUAAUAAUUAAUAAACUUUUAAACGAGCAAGUAAAAAAAUGGAAAACAAUUGGUCAUAAUCUGGCACGUUAUUAAAAAUGUGAAGUUAAAAUUUCCCGGUGAUAGCAUUGGUUGUGAUAUUUAUCCAAUACAUCCUUAACAACCCGUAAAUUUUUGUAAUCACUUGAAAUUACGAGAUGUCAUUGAUAUUUUAUUUGUCAAUAAAAAUUACGCGUCCAAUAUUAAUAAUAUUUAAUUUGAAUAAAUAACGAUACUAUAAUGAGAUCAAUUGCAGUUUGUAAAUGGAUCCCGGAUUGUAACGUACAACUUGUUGCACGUUCGCUCUAUAAUUAUAUUUAGUUUAAAUAUCAUUAGCAUAUCUAAAAUUUGAUGAAAAUAAGUGGGUCUUAUAUCAAACGUACGUAGAUUUGUUGAAGCUCCUUAAUUUCUUUACCUCUGUUACUUAGUAGAUUAAUAGUAUACAAUUGAAUAAAAAUUUUAAUAUAUACGAUAUAUGAAUAUAAAUAUAUAUAAAUAUAAAUAUGUAUAAACACACAAAUUGAUGUAAUUGAAAAGAAACUCGUUUUAGCUUAGGCAAAUAAUUCUCUAGGAAGGACGUUGUUCAAGUUUCACUUCAGAGGCGUUCCCCGCGUCGCCGAUACUGAAUGUAAAAUGAUUAUACAUACGCCCAUACAUACAUAUUAUACAUACGCACACCCAACACACAGAUACAGAGAAUAGAGUACAUUUAUUAAAUAAUAUUCAACUUCAAUGAUCAUUAAAAUAGCUAUAUGUACAUAAGAUGUGUACAUGUUUGUACAUAUAUAACGUCAGUGUCUGUAUGUACAAUUAAAAUGAAACUCUAUGCAAAGUAAGUAGGCUAGGUUUUAGGUUGUUUUAGGAGGGAUCUAUAUACAUAUAUAUAUAUAUAUAAAGAAAAAUAUACUUAUAUACUUGGCUUCAUUUUCUACCUUACUAGAGGCUACGUGGCGAGGCUCUUGUAAAAACAAUGACUGGUCGCAUGUUUCCACAAUCUAUGAAGUUUUAUUUCCCGUUCAAAAGUUGUUAUAAUGAUGUUCCUAUAUGUAAGGUGCCUUAAGCAAUCAAAAGAAUUUACUUUUCUCUGAUAUACCUCGAUGGUACGUUGAACUAAAAUUCCCACGAUUAACAUUACCGCAUUUCUUUGAUCAAACAUCCAGUAAACUAAGAACAAAGAGAUAAAAAUUACAACUGUAAGCGUUGAAGAGCAUAUAUCUAUUUUUUUUUCUUUCUGAAAGAUAAUAUGUUCUGAUCAAGAUUUUACAACUUACGUCUUCCGAUUACGUCUUCGGACACGCUUGGCUAUUUUACCUCCAGAGAGUUUGUCUUUAGUUGUGUUCAUGUAUUUAUAUAUAUAUAGGAACAUCCCUCACACAAUCAUUCAGUACAUUUAGAACAAAAACAGCGUGCAUUUUAUUAAGACAAAUAUAAUAAAUGUAUUAAAUUUUAUAAAGAUUAAAAUAUAUUUAUAUAUCAAGUUUCAUUUAUAUUGAAACUCUAAAUUGUUAUUCAAGAGAAUUGCCAAUCGUAGAUGCUCUGAUUCUAUCUUGAGAACAUUGUUAUUGUUAACAUUCUUCUUCUUAUUAACUUUUACCAUUGAAUGAAUCGCGCACACACACAACGUACACUUUAACUUUUGAAACUUUUCUCAAGUAAACGCAAGUGACUGAGGACACUUAAAAAAAUCUGCCAAGUCUUCAUAAGUAUAAAAAAAUGGCUCUAAAUCUUCCACUUAUUUCAAAGUAAACGAAAACUAUGAUUGUAAAUGAAAAUCUAAUUGUCGCAAAUGAGAAAUAUCUUCUCUUGAGACAUUAGAUCUUCAGAACUCUGUACUUUAAUAUUUAUUCUAUCUUUAUGUGUGUCUCAUUAAUCUUAUCCCCGAUUUACAAAAAUGUAAUGCAAACUAAACAUCAAAUAUUCCGGCCACAACAUCUGCAUUAUCUAUUUAUUUACAGACAAGAGAUUAAUAUGAGGGAGUAUCACUAAGGGCACUAACUUAACAUGAUAUUAUUCCAAGUUUUAGAAUUUCUAUUUGUCCUCGUUGGAUUGACCGGCCUAUAAAAAUUAUAUACAAUAUUAGAGAACAAUUUGAUUGUGUAUUUUCAUAAAUCAAAAAAUGUUUAUCUGUACGAUUUGAUGUUAAUUUUUUCGAUAUAAUUCAUAAUAUUGUAAGAUUAUAUUUAUAAACGUGAUGAUUUUCAAGCCCAUGGAAAUACUCCUUUGUAGCCAAACUAAAUGAUUCUGUAACGGCUGAGUAAUGGUCUCCAGUACAGGAAUAAAAGUGUAGUAUUAGAGAUCUACAGGUAUAUACUAUACUAUAAGAGAUUCUAGACUUUCGAAUCUUAAAGUUAGUUUAUUUAAGGAAUAAAAUUGUUAUGAAUUCCGACCACACACAGAGGCUCGGUGCGUAGGUCGAAUACAACAAAAUUAGCAGACAUAUCAUUUAAGACAAUACACUUGUUACAGAAACUAAGUUUCUACUAAUAUAAUUAUUAUUGUACGUAAUCUAACUCUUAAUCAGACUUAGAGCUUCAAGGGAAAAAUCAUAGGUAGUAAUAAAACGAAGGGGUAAUACGUAUUGGCUGACCAAAUCCAGAAGAUAUUUAAUAAUUGCAGCAACGAGUUUUUUUUCUGCAGUCUAAAGCAAUUUCUUGUGUCUUUCUAAAAUUCUGAGGUGAAUUCAAGUCUGCCCACCAUAAAUUUGAUAGAGUAGGAGAACUGGAAUUAAAAGUUUCAAAUUCACUAGAUACUUCUGUUUACGUUUAUGUUAAGACAAACUAUACUCUGGAUUUAGAACAGUAGCAAUACAAAAGACAGUACUGGAGGCUACUUACUCAGAAAGUGGGAAAGGCAUGAAACGAAGCAAUGAAACAGUAACGAAGAUAUGCAUUGUACAAACGAGUCCCUCCACGUCACAGAAAAAAAAUGAUAUAUCUAUAUGAAGAAUAUAUAUAUAACAAAAUGAUAACUAUGUGAUGUAUUUAAAUCAUAUGUGGUAUAUGGUAUUACAUAUUUGUACAUAGGCGGACCCGUGCCAUCAACUAGUGAGUUGUACCGAUAUUGUACUGCCAUAAAUCGAAUAGCGAUGACAUCGAGUGAAUGAAUCUGAACUAAUCAUCGACAAAUCUAUACGAUAUCAUUUUCGUUUUUUUGUGCUCUCGUACGUGUAUGUGAUUAGACGAUUAACUUGAAGUUACCAACUAACACUUAACUUAAUGGCUGUGCAAAUGGAGCAUUUUGCACUCAUCGACAAUUAUUAAACCAAGUUUUGUUGUUUUAUAUUUUACAUUUUCUUGUAUGAGCAAUUUAUUCAUGUCGAAAAUUACCGUUCUGUUAUUACAUUACUCCCGUUUAAGUUGAUGUCACAACACGUCUAGAUAUGUGCUGAUGUGUCACACGUUUAAUUUGUUAAAAUAUUAAUUUACGUCCAUUUUCGAAAUCCCAUAACAAGCUGACAAAAGACAUUAAUCGUGAUUAAUAAUUUUGUGCUUUGUUUCUAUUAUAAACGACUACCCUUUACUAUAUUACUGUACUAAUAUAUUGAUACUCUAUUGAUGAUUAAAACACAUUUACUGGUUCCCGCAUUCGCAGUUGUAAAUCAUAUUUACAAAUUCACACGCGCAUUAAAUAAUUGGAAUUACUAUUGGAGGGGAGAAAAAGCACAUAAUAAUCGAGCAAUAUGUACAAAAAAAAGAGAGAAAGUUAGAUACCUUUUUUCGGCAACGAAUACUUAUAUAGACGUAUCAUCGUUUCCUAGCAUAUAGUUGCAGAAUUGUUAGUGAUGUUUUGAUAUGUUAAGUUAAUUUCAUUAUUAUCGAUAAUUUAUUCAUUAUUUGGGUAAUUACUAUUAUACAGUAACUAUUGUACUACUUAUUCUCUUGUUUAAGUGAAAUUUCGCGCAAUAUUUCCUACAGAAUGUUCAAUGCACGCCAUGGCUCGUACGUUGACAAAGCUCUUGAUAAUCGUUAAAUAAUUUAUUACUGGUGAAGUUUAAUAAGUUGUGGAAUAUAUUGGUACAACUCGAUGAAGAAAGUGUAGCGUGGUUAUACACCUGAGGAAUGUGCUCAAAAUAUUGUAUUAAAGAGAAAAAAGUCUACUAAAUGAUCAUCAACGUUUACGCAAAAUUACUCUUAAUAAGUGAAAAAGUUAUUACGGAUUAUUAAUAUUGUAAUCUAUCGUCCUCUUACCUAUUACCUACUUUAAUGUCUAUCUCUAUACACCAGCAUGGUUCUUUAUACUCUUCUAUUUGAUGUUAUACUAUUCUCUAUUAACUUUUACUACAGAACGUAUUGUUAAUAGUGUUUUUAAUGUACUAGAACAUGGUCAGCUGUAGAAGAGCCACGCAAGUGUGUCACAUCGAGAUUUAUACGAGAACAGAUGUUACGAUUAAAAAGAUAAUGGAAUGCGUUUUCCGUCGCGAAGUGACGCGAGUUCUGACAAUUGUAUGCAACUGCAUAAACUUACGACUUUACAUUUUCCGUAUAUCGUAUUAAUACGUAAAUCCCCUAAAAUGUAUCUAAGACUCAUUUCUAUAAUUAUACUCAUUGUCAGAUAAUUUAAUGGUCGGAGAUUGUUGUAGCUUAGUUUAUAUGCGAAUUAAAAUGCGGGACACGAGUGAAAGAGUCAUCCAGAAUAAAAAUUGUACACGUUCAUACUCAACACACCUCCCUUGCUCGUAUAAAUUGUCGCAAUAAUUUUAAUAGAAUGAAAGAGAAGCACGUGCUCGGUAGCAAUAUAUUCAAGCGGCGCGUUUAUACUGUCGUUGUUUUCCCAUCUCUCUCUGCUCAACUAGAUAUUACCUAUAAAUAUACCUAUACAUUUAGAAUCCAUCGUUAUCUUAGCUACUUGAAACCUAAUCACUUAAUCAGAUUCUUGUCUUGCUCAAAGAGGCGCGGGCUCGGACGAAGCAACACACAAUUAUCUCUCGUAUCCGGACUGUGUAAUAAAAUCGCUCAAAAGUUGGUGCCAUAAGCAAUAUGGACAAUAUAUUAUUAAAUGUGUUAUAGUUACGCGUGGACUAACUACAGCUGGCCGGCUAAGUUCUGCUUUAAAAAAGCUCGAUAACAAAACGCCUUGCGGUUGUCUUCCGCGAGCGAUCGCGAGAGUUCUCGAUAUCAUUCGCUGUCGAUCAGCGCUGCGUUUUCGUAAAAAUUGCGUUUGUAUACGUAUAUUGCGUAAAAUACUCGCAAGUUGUCUGCGCGCAAUAAAGUCACCUUUAAUGCUAUCUUUAAUUUAGAUAUAAAUUGAUUUGUACAAUCAGUUAUAUUGCGAUUCGCAAGACUUCAUCUCUCUCUCUCUCAUUUUUUCAGAGAGUUUUUCUACCAAAGGUGCUCUCGCAAUUGUCUCUUGACGGAAGACUGCAAUGCGUUAUUUACAUAAUUAAGCACAGUUCAGUCAAUUUCAAGCGCGAUGUGGUAUCGAGUUGCCGAUAAAAGCCUAAUUUAAUCUGGAGCCUAUCAAAGUGAUACCACUUAAAGCGAGAGAUAGAAAGAGAGCAAGACAGAUCCGUUGACGAAGAGGAGAGAAAAGGAGGCCUUCAGAACCCCCUGCGAAGAAGCAACUCCGCUACAUUAGUCUUCGUCAACGAAGAAACGGCACAAACGACGCGGCGGAUUAUCUGCGAAUGCGAGGAAUUCGAGAAUUCUCUCUUGCGCAAGCCCGCUAAUAAAAGUCACACGGAGAAUUUAUACAGGGGUGUCUCUCCGCCAGUAACUUUCAUCGCUGUCGCAACUUGUUCGGCGAUCAGUCGACGACUUCUCCGACUUGCCGAGAGAUUCGUUAAUCUGGUAGAUUCAUAGUCACUCUCACGUGAGUUCGACAAAUAUUAAUUUCUUCGACGACGUAGCUUUAGUGUAUAUGGAAUGUGAAAAAUUGCUUGAGAGAGCGCGAGAGAAAGAAAGAGAGCGAACCCUUUGAGAAUAUCACGCAAUUACUUUAUCAACUGCGCGACGUAGAAUUUUCGAUUCCUCUCUUUGUCCAGGUAGGAGCCGCGUGCGCGAGUAGUCUGGCGUUGAAGAGAGGGUGCGAGAUAUAUGAGCGAGGAACGGAUAACUCGAGUUAUCGGGAUUAAGUCCGAUUGUAGGGGCUAAUUGCAAAUCGAACGGCUUAGCCAGAUCAACGAGCGUCUGCGCAUCAGUAUUACGUUGAAGCGACAUACUUAUACACAUUAAACUAGUGAUUACAUUGCGCAUACGUAUAUACAUACCAUUUUAUUUAAUAUAUACAUAUAUAUAUAUUGAAUAUAUGAAUGACAAGGCGAUAUUACUAUUAUACACAUACAUGCAUAUUAACUCAGAUGGCAGCGUACGUGCAUGUAUGUAUCGCUGCGUACAUACACAUACGUACGCUCAAUAUAUAUUUAUAUAUAUAUACAAAACUGAGUAUGUGUGGUGUACAGAGAGUCAGAGGGGCUCCGAACGACCCCGUACUUGCUGCGUUAAAUGUCGAUGUUGUUCGUUAAAAAAAAGAGAGAGAGAGAAAGAAAGAGAGCGAGAGAGAAAAGCACGGAAACCACAACGGCUUCUUCUGAAUCGUGAGUGGCGGGACUUCGGUACACGCAGAUCAGCGGCUACCGGCGGAGAGAUCGAGAGCACACAGAGCCGAAUACGCACAGUCGCAAUCGAAAAAAAAAAA